AUGUCUGCGAGAAUAGCUUCGACGGGGGCUCGAGGCCUCCUGGCAACCGCAGCCCCAAUGCGCUCCACAGCUGCCCGCAGCUUCACCACCAGCUCGCGCCGUCUUGCCGAGGUUACGGCACUUCCUACCCGAAAGCCCGUCGGUGCUUUCCGCGGAGGUCUCUUUGGGUUCCUGCUCGGAAGUACCCUCGCCGGCGGCAGUGUCUACGGCUACGUCCUGCAGGAGUACAAGGCGUCGAACGAGCUGUUGACGGAAGAUAUCUACGCUUUACAGGACUCGUGUCAACGAUUGACAAGAUAUGUUCAGGCGUUGGAGGAUAAGAUGGAGGCGACAGAGCGGAAAAGGAAAUAA